AUGUCCACCCACAGCGCGCCAGCGCAGCGCCUUCCAGCCUGGAAGCGAUUGGGCCUCAAGCUCAAGGGAUCUGCAUCUGACGAAAGCCCCGCCAAUUCCAAUUCCUCUGUUCAGGCCUCCCCACGGCCCAAUGCUCUCACCCACGUAAACGGCAGCAGUCCGGCGAGCGCCCUCAAAAGAAAGUUGCCAGAUUCUGCGGCGUCGUAUCAAUCACCGACGUCGGGUUUUGCCCAGACCCCCAACAAGAAGCUACGGAGAGACGAUCAAGCUUCGGACCGCGGCACGCCAUCGGGGUUGCGGAGGCAGAAGUCGGUCACCUUCACGGAAGAUACCAAGAUCACCGACCCGUCCAAAACAACGCCGGCGAAAACGAUCAAGCCUGCCAAGCCUAAGAGGGAGAAGAAGCCCAAGAAGGCUUCGGAAUCGGCUUUCAAGCCCGACUUCAGUCUCGAACCCGCUCUUUCCUACAUCCGCCAGUGGCACACGGCUCGCGACUCGUGGAAGUUCAACAAGAACCACCAGACGCUCCUGAUCAAAUACCUAUUUGACGGGGAUAGGGUACCGUCCUCCGACAUUCCUAUCUUCUACGAGUACGUCCGCGACCUAAAGGGUGCUGUGCGGACGAGGUUACGAGAGACAGCAACCGAGAUCAAGAAGAAAGACAUGGAGCAAGGCGAGGCGGCCUUCCCCGCCUCGACCAAGGACAAGGAGACCAAGCAGAAGCAGUACGAGGAGGUCAUCUCUCGGUUCUUGGAAGAGCAGCAAUUACAUCACGAGCAGAAUGGGGGUGGCAGCUCGUCAUCCGCCAAUGCCAAUGGCAAGCGCAGCUUUGACGAGGUAGAGCUCGUCCUCCGCGCGGCCGAUCCAGAGGUCAAGCAACGGCUGCUGAAGCGCAUCCGCGCCGAGAUGGUACUUGAAAGCCUAUCAGACAGUGAGGACACGACGUCGACCGAGACGACGACAACGACGGCUACGGCCUCGAGCGGGGCGGCUUCUUCCUCGUCUGGCGGGGACGCCCUCGCUGCCGACAGGGCUGCGGCCCAGGCGCCGGCGCCGGCCAAGCGGGCUGUUGAAGCAUCACAGCAGCCGGCCAAGCGGCGCAGAUUAAGGGAUGUGCGGACGGCCAUUGACGAUAAUGAUGAUACCAGUAGCGACGAUAGCAGCGACGACGACGACGAUGAUGACGACGACUCAGACGAGGAGAUGGAGCUUACACCGAACCAGAAUGCCGCUGAGACGUCAAGCAGCAGCUCAUCGUCGUCCUCGUCGUCCGGGUCAGACUCGGAGCCCGCUGAUGCGGACGAUGACAGCGAUGACGACGACGAGGAGGAUUAA